CUGUUUCCGGUUCCUACUUUCCAGAGGGAAGCCGCGCCCACUCUACCGGAGGUGACGUACCUGGCAACCCCUGCUGGCAUCUUGGUGAGGUCGUUGCUUGCCACUGAAGGAUGGAGAGAUGGAAUAAGUCCUCAAAUAGUUAACAUUCCACAAACGGGCCGUUUCCAAUCUGGCAGAAAUCCUGUGACUGAGAAUUGGGGGAAGCAGAGUUUGGAUCGGACGCCGAGGGAGCGACAAAGAGUGAAAAUCGACAGCAAUUUAGGGAUGCGUAAAAGAUCAUGAUGGAGUUGGAGAUGCCAUUACUCACUAUUGUUUUGGGCCUAACGAUCUCUGUGGUUGCAGCAGAGAGUGAAAGCAGAAUCUGUAAGGUGGCCCCUCAUUGGGAAAUUGCCGACCGUAAACCAAUGGAGGAACAGAUUGGCCAUGUUGUUGUUGUGGCCCUUCUCAAAGCAAGCUGCGGGUUCUGUUUGACUCAAGCAACUAAAUUAGGCAGCUUGCGGGACAAGCUCAAACAUCAGGGCCUGAAGGACAUUCACUAUAUGAUAGUGAAUGAGAAAUCGCCUCAAUCUAGGGCUAUGCUCUGGGAACUCAAACGCCAUACUCCUGAGGACAUCCCUGUCUACCAGCAAUCGCCAUUUCAACGUGAUGUCUGGAGCAUUCUGCAGGGUAACAAGGAUGACUUCCUCAUCUAUGAUAGAUGUGGUAAAUUGACCUUUCAUAUCGUAUUACCAUAUAGCUACCUCCAAUUUCGCUAUACUGAAGCAGCAAUCCGAGCUACCUAUAACAAAGACAUUUGUGGGAACUGUGGAAUCGGUAAUAUCAGUCUUGAGACAAAAAGAAACAUCACCUCUUACAAAGCAAACAUUUUUCAGUUUAAUACUACAAGUUUUGUGACAAGUCUGACUUUUGAAAAUAUAACAACUCAGCCAGUGCAACAGCAUGUAGCUAAUAAGCCUGAUCCUGACCCCAAGCUCUCUUCAAGUCCUAUCCAUCCACAUCAUUUCAAUAACAGCCAAGAUGGAAGUCUGGAGACUGAUGAUACUGAGAGAUUGUAAUGAGUGUAGUUAGAAUAUCAAGCACAAUAAUUAAGAAUAACUGGCAGUGAUAUAACAACUGUCAGUAUCAACCCUAAUGUUGUUAAAAUAAAUCCUGGUUUAAUAUUUACAA